GCCACUGAGGAGGUCUCAAAAAACCUUGUUGCCAUGAAAGAAAUCUUGUAUGGCACAAAUGAAAAAGAACCACAGACAGAAGCUGUGGCACAGCUUGCUCAAGAGCUGUACAACAGUGGUCUUCUUAGUACCCUAGUAGCCGACUUGCAGCUAAUCGAUUUUGAGGGCAAAAAAGACGUUGCGCAAAUUUUCAACAACAUUCUCAGAAGGCAAAUUGGUACAAGAACCCCCACAGUCGAAUAUAUCUGCACUCAACAGAAUAUAUUGUUCAUGCUAUUAAAAGGGUACGAAUCUCCAGAAAUUGCUCUAAAUUGUGGAAUAAUGCUUAGAGAAUGCAUCAGGCAUGAACCACUUGCUAAAAUAAUCUUGUGGUCAGAACAAUUCUAUGAUUUCUUCAGAUACGUGGAAAUGUCAACAUUUGACAUUGCUUCGGACGCAUUCGCCACAUUCAAGGACUUGCUUACAAGACACAAGUUGCUAAGUGCAGAAUUUUUGGAACAGCAUUAUGAUAGGUUCUUCAGUGAAUAUGAGAAGUUACUUCAUUCAGAAAAUUACGUGACAAAGAGACAGUCGCUUAAGCUUCUCGGUGAAUUGUUAUUGGACAGGCACAACUUCACAAUUAUGACAAAGUACAUCAGUAAACCUGAAAAUCUCAAACUAAUGAUGAACCUUCUACGAGACAAGAGUCGUAACAUUCAGUUUGAGGCCUUUCAUGUGUUUAAGGUGUUUGUAGCCAAUCCUAACAAGACACAGCCUAUAUUAGACAUCCUUCUAAAGAACCAGACCAAACUUAUUGAGUUCCUCAGCAAGUUUCAGAAUGACAGGACCGAGGAUGAACAAUUUAAUGAUGAGAAGACCUAUUUAGUUAAACAGAUCAGGGAUUUGAAGAGACCAGCACAGCAAGAAGCUUAAUCUCCAAUAAACCCUUAAAAUAUUAAACCCAAAUUCAGCAUUUGCUGUUAGAUAUUCAGCAUCAGGCACUCUUAUCGAUUCAUGAGGAACAUUACUGCUAAUCUGCUGUUCAGUGAACGGUUUUUGUUUUUCUCUUUUUUUUUAGUCCAAGUUGAAAAACAUAGCUGCUGCUUUCUUGCACAAUGUGGACUUUCUUGAUAUUUGUGUCAUUUCAGAAUUCAAAGACACUGCUUGUUUUAGGAGUCCUGAAAAGAAAGAUUCUAGGUUCGUGAAAGCAAACAUAUAGAUACUAGUUUGGUUUAGGAGAGAAGGUAUUAAUGUAGUUAAGUAACAGGUUGCAUGCUUGCAAAUCUGAAUAAAUCUGUAUGUUUGCACUUACCUUGUUUGAGAUAUGAGCACAAUGUGACCUGUGCAUACCUGGCACCAUAGUUUAAGAUUAUAUGCCUUGAUUUUAAAAAAAAAAAAAUGUGCAGUGCUUUAUUUGUAAUCAAAGGGGAAAUGUAUGUAAGAUGUGAGCUUAUUGGGAUGAACAGUUGUCUUGCAAAUAAACUGAUACUGAAACUUAGCAACUUUUAAAAGAGUGAAAUUUCAAGGUUCAUAAGGAAAAUGUAUAUAUGCCUUUCACUGCUUUAUAGAAUUUUUUUUGGACAUGAUUUGAUUUUUCUGAGAAUUGACUUGUAAACUUGGAAAUAUGUUCUAAGGGUUUUUGUUAAUUUUACUUUAAAGGUAUUUCAGACAGUAGACCUAGCAGUGACAUUUUGCAUUUCAUUUCAACAUUGCUUGCUGGUUUCUUUUGUAUAUAACUCCUAGGCUGCUCAUUUCUUUAAAAUAUGAUUUAAUUUGUACAGCAGAGGAAUGUUAUUGUAUUAGUCUGUAACUAUUACCUAAUAUUGAGUUUUGCAAAAUGAAUGCUCAUAUGUAAUUGAAUACUUCAGAUCACAUGGAAAUGCUGAUUUAACAAUCUUAAGUACUGCAGCAUUAAAAAGAAAAAAACCCAAGCAUUCUUUGUAUUCACUUAUCUAAUGGGGUGCCAUCAAUUAGGGUAGGCUGAAAUAGAGAACUGGAACCCUUUAUACUACAUUCUUACUGGAUAAUAUUGGCCUUAUUCAAUUAAACAAGCAUUGUGCUCACCAGCUCUGCAAAUGGCAAAGAUUAUGCUAAAUUAACAUCGAUUCCUCUUACUUCUGGGAGCCUGCAGUGCAUAGUUUCUUUCUGACAGUAAAUAACUCAGUACAGUAGUUGUGAAAGUGAAUGAUUUAAUUCCCUCCAACUGCAAGAAACAAUUUCAUAGAUGUCCUAGGGUAACAAAAUGAUUUAAUAUUGUCGAUUUUGUUCUUUAAUGCUGCAAACUAUCAGUAUUUAU